ACGGUAUUGGCACGUUAGCGCGCUUGUGGGCUCUGUCAGAGUUGAAGUAAACGCAAAAGGUUUUGAAUUUACGAACCGCCAGGCAAAAUAUCUUGCGAAUAGAGUCUUCCCUGCAGGAUUUCUCCGUGCUCUGCUGGGAUGUCCAUUCUGCCUCCUAGACCCUCAGCCUUUUACGGUUUCUCGGUACGUCCGUUGAGAUGGCCUGUCUGACGUUAAACAGUCCGUAGAGUAGUGGACAGUGACAGGCGGAACAUCCCCUUCACUUGGUGCGUAAUUAGUAGAGCUCCGGUGUCAUAGCCUAGGUUAAGACGACAUAAAAUAGUCUGUAGAGAGAAUCUACAUCGAUUUGAAACUAUCCAUCCAUCCCCGUGGUCUGCUCACCAGUAGGCUACAUUUGGCAGUAACACUUGUAAGUUGCUGAUGUAUAGUUCCGUUGGUGGACAUGGUCAGCAGGACGCAAAUCAAGCUAAACAGUAAUAAAUCACCCAACCCAGAAUACGAUGCAUGAACUGCUGUGCAUUAACAGUAAAAGUGACUCGGUCAGAGUAUUGUUAAACAGCGCCCACGAAGAACCGUUGGAUCCACCCCAGCGAAAACAAAAUAGCCUAACCAUAGUCUACUCGAGUGUGACGGUGUGUUUUAAAGCACAAAUAAACCACUGAAGUCCACCGAGAAUCGCUCCUACUCACGGGUUAAUGGAGGGGUUGACAGAGACGCCGAGUCUAAUGAUUGUUAUUGUUGUUUUUGAGCUAAAUCAGAGUGAUAGGGGGAUGCAGGUACCGGAAGGAAAAAGGCUAAGGCCCUGUCGUAAAUCCGUGGCUUGUUCACUUGUCAAACAAUUUCAGAAUACUUAAACACAAUAAUUUGUCAUAAUUAUCUGUGUCUGUGGAACAUACGCCAACAAUUACGGCAUCAACUAGCCAAAUUAUAUUACAUCUGCCUCUCAGUAAGUGGCUUGCCGAAGCCUUUUCAUGCCCUUCCAUUUCUAUUCGUCGGGUUAUACAGUCCUGGCAAAUGUAAUAUUUCUCAUGUCGAAACGCGGUGGUAACGAAGAACAUUAGACCUUAAGAAAUAGAAAGAGGUUUGUGGAUAUUUAAAUGGUCCAUCUUUUCAGGCCAGGUGAUUUUUGCAUUUAUCUUCCAAAUUAAGAUAAGUAAAAUUACAUUGUAUAAUAUCUUCCAUGUUGCUUUCCAGCAACGAUUACCUCCUUCCUAAACCCUAAUGUGAGGAUCACCUCCUGGCUACCUGGUCAUCGUCAGUUUUGUUUGACUUUACAACCAGAGUUCAAAUGCUACACGUUUUUUUGAACUUGACAAUUGGCGAUUGUAAUAGCCUAAUAUUGUAUUUGGAUUAAAACACCUUUACGCACGCGUAAUUACAGUCAUACGAUAGGGUAAUCAUUUUGACAUUAAUCUCGGUAGAAGGCCUAGGCCAUAUAAUUGUAGCCUAAAUACAAAUAAGACACAGUAUUAAUACUUCCAUGUUUAUAAUAAUGGGCAUGACGUCCAUCCCCUUUCUCCGCUCGGUAGCCUAUUGUUCAUCGGACUCCCUUGUCAGACCGAGCCCGGCUCUGUAUAAAUUGUAGAAUUUGCUAAUUUAUUUUCUAUUGUAUGGAUAAUACCAGGUAAGCCUAAUUGCGUGGUGAGGGUACAUACCUUUAGUGAUAUUUAGUCUACAUAGUCCCAUUAAUAAAUAGUAUGUGUUUGUAUUUCAAAACACAUAGCCUAUUAUUCUCACAUUCACACUAUCUGACUAAAUUAUAGGCCUAGUAGACAUACCCUUCCAUGCUCAACAAUGGUCUUGAUCAGAAGGGGAGCAGAUAACCAUUCCCAGGCCUGAAUAAUCAAAUGCAAUAAUUGGGAUCAUUUUACGCGGGCAUGGGCCACAGGGCGUGUUUUAUGUGAAUAAUAACAUUGCGACAUCAAUGGAAAACACUCAGUGCAACAGUUCCUUCCUAUGUAGCCUAGAUUAUCCAUUAUUCAUUGCAAUUGAUACAAAGUCGCAGGUUUAAUUUAUUCUUUUAGAUGCACAUAUGUAAAUAGUUUAAUAAACCCAUUUUUGGCCAGCAAAGCCAGGCCGUCUGUGUGUAGAGAUGCACCGCUUUUGCGUAAUGGCUCUGAGGAUAUUUUCGCCAGUGAAAGCUAACGCAAACUAUAGUCCCAAUACUUACAGUUUAAUACGGUAUCAUGAACUUGGAGGUAGUUUGUGUGCGUGCUUGUCGGAUGACCUAGCUACUACCUGACCCCAAUCAAUUGCUCUGGGUGUCCUCUGCUUUGUCUUCCGUGGAGGAGAACAACGCUAUCAUGCUCACUUGGACAAGGACAGUGACAUUGAGGAAAGUAAAAAGCGUCGUUGAGGCCUGAAAACUACGCUUUUAAUUUUAUAUUUACGAAUUUGCCAUAGGCUUCUGACUUCAUGGGGCUAUCGCACAUGGUUCCGGUAUGAUGAACUGGAAAAACAACAUGAAAAUUAUUUUGCUGUGCCUGAUUUCACUUAAACGCACAAACUGAUGUGUAAAGCCUCUAUGAAGAAAUAAAAUGUUGGGCCUAAUAGUCAAAUUACAUGAAGUAUAGGCUAUUUUAGUGAAAAUGACUUAAUUGCCUUUAAUAUGUAGCUAUACUAUCAUACUACGAAUUUGUAGGUUAUUACUCAGUCAAUCAGUGUUGAUUAUUAGUUAUAAUUAUUUUAAAUAGGCCAUCGAUGUUUUCCCCCACUAAUUCUGCUAUAUUUCAGCAGAUAUUUGUAGCUAAUUGGUUGCCCGUGCUUGUAGAAAGACUAUAAAUUAUCCACAUCAUGUCAUUGUUCCCAGGACCCUAGCUUGUGCUCUAAAUAAAUUGGUUUCUUGUUUUCCAAAUUCUUUCAACAUCGCUAUAAUAACGUGUAAUUGAGCGCUGCAUUUGUGAAAAAAGGCAGCGGUUACAAUGGAUUAGGCUUUAAACCAAUGCGUUUUAUUUUACCACCAAAAUGACCCCACCAAGGUCAUUUGUCUCUGAAGAUCCAUUUUGCUGUAAAACGAACUCGUAAACAACCCUGUCAGAUAUCAACCUCCCAAAGCGGCGCCAUAAAUUACCAGCACGCAAGUAUCGCCUCUGCCAGUAUGAAAUGACGUCACGCGCCUCGUAAUUAACUAAGACACCAACUGGAGGCUUUUAAACUGUGUUUGUGUGGUUUGCAAAUAGGCAUUAUUUAAACCCAGUCCACCGCACUGCAUUUUUUGUCUACCGCAGUCAAAAUUAAAAGCAUAAAUAAGUCGCUCUGCUAAAAACCCAUGGUAUAAUUUGAUUUUUGAAACCUGGAUAACCCCUUUUCUAUCCAAAGUAAUUAGUCGUCUUAAAGUAAAAUAAAAUGAUUUUGAACCUUUGUGCUGUACAAAACCAUACACUCAUAGUCUCAAAGACAGGUUUUAAUAAUUAUUAUUUUUUUAAUGCCCUGGGUCAGGCCAAGCUGAAAAAAGGCUUGGCAACACAUUGCAUCAACACAUCACAUGUGAGAAAGGCCAUGAAAGUAGAUGUAGACAACUAUAAUAUCUUUCAAUUAAUACCCAAAACAUAUGCUAUGACGACUAAAGUCCUCUGAUUAAUAUGACCAGGAAAAUUAAAGUUUUCACAGACAAACUGUUUACCGACUUCAUUCAGAGUUUUAGAACAUAACCCUCUGAUUCACUGUGAACACGCCUGUGCAAAUUUAGUCAAUCCAACACUGGCGUUUCCCAUGUAUUCACAUCCUUGACAGUCCACUACUUCUACUGUUCGUGAACCUUUGCGUAUGUGUGUUUAACACGCUAGAGCAUCAGGCGUAAUUGUAAUGAAACCCAAUCGACCCCAAGGACAGGCUAUAAGCUGCAUGUACAUGCAUGAGACAUAGCAGAGGAAGGAGUAGCAGAGAAAAACAGAGUGAUGACAUCAGAGAAACUGGCUGACAUGGUUUCAUUUGUGAGUCUCUCUCUCUCUCUCUCUCUCUCUCUCUCUCUCUCUCUCUCUCUCUCUCUCUCGCUAUACUCCCCAUGUGUACACACAUACAUAUUCAAAUGAUACAAGGGCGUACCAUUGCUUGUGUAGGCGAUAUCCAUUGCUUGUGUAUUCGGUGUGGAUUACUUAUAGUAGGCCUAAUAUCCUAUGGAGUGAGCUUGCACGUACACAAUGUUUGGUGUCAUAUGUGGAUAUGUACUUUUCCUUAUUUGAUGUUUUUGUGAGUUUUGAAUGUGUUUUGUAUCCAACUUUAUACCAAUAUGCCUUGUGUAUGUGUGUGUACAUGUAUGUGUGUGUGAAUGUAUGUAUGCGUGCCCGUGUGUCUGUGUGCCUGUAUCUGUGUGUGUUUGUGUGUAUGUGUGUUUACGUGCCUGCGUGUGUCCAUGCCUAUGUGUGUGAAUGCGUCUGUGUGUGUCCAUGCCUAUGUGUGUGUCCCUGUGUGUCCGUGUCUGUGUCCGUGACUGUGUGUGCCCGUGUGUCCGUGCCUGUGUGUGUGUCUGUGUGUGUGCCUGUGUGUGUGUCCGUGCUGGUAUGUGUGUGUGCCUCAGACGAGCAGCUGAACGCGGAGGAGAAGAAGAAGCGGAAGCAGCGUCGGAACAGGACCACCUUCAACAGCAGCCAGCUGCAGGCUCUGGAGCGCGUCUUCGAGAGGACACACUACCCCGACGCCUUCGUACGGGAGGACCUCGCACGCCGCGUCAACCUCACGGAGGCCAGAGUGCAGGUCUGGUUCCAGAACCGGCGCGCUAAGUUCCGUCGUAACGAGCGGGCCAUGCUGGCCAGCAAGAACGCCUCGCUGCUCAAGUCCUACUCCGGAGAUGUAACGGCCGUGGAGCAGCCCAUCGUACCGCGACCCGCACCCCGGCCCAACGACUACCUAUCAUGGGGGUCCGCCGCGCCCUACAGAACCGGCACUGCCAAUGACUACCGGUCUUGGGGGUCCGCUGCUCCUUAUAGCGCCAUGGCAUCCUACCCACCCACUUGUUCCAACACCACCUCCUCCACGGGAGUGAACAUGGCCAACAGUAUUGCUCACCUGCGCCUCAAGGCCAAGGAGUACAACCUCAACCAGGUGCCCACCGUCAACUGAGGAGGAGAACGGCAGAGCGAGACAGAGAGAGAGAGAGAGAGAGAGAGAGAGAGAGGAUGGGAAGAGGGGAUGGGAGAGGAGAGAAGAGGUGAGAGGACGUGGUAGAAGACAAGGAAUGAAAAUGGAUGGUGAAGGGGACAAAUGGAUUACCAUUUCAGAGACUCCUUCCCUUUCGUGUUGUUUCGCUCGCUCGCUGACUCGCUGAUUGUUCUGUGGGACUCUGUGGGACACUGACAGCCUGCAAACCCCUGUGGAACUGGUAUCAUUUGUCACACCACACGUCAGUCUGUCAUUAUCAUUGUCAUCAUCAUAAUUAUUAUCGUCGUCGUCGUCAUCACGGUCAUCAUCAUCAUCAUCAUUAUCGCCGUCAUCGUUACGUCAGUCACCCACAGGUCACAUUUGUUACUUUUUGUUCAAAGUUUCUUGAACUGGUCGGUGAGAGCGGUGAGAGACUCUUUCAGGACCAAGCAAGGCAGUGGACUCCUUCACUGCUGUAGUAGCCAACCUAUUUCUAGCUGAUUUAGAUAUCAUAUUUUUCCCCCAUUUUGUUUUGUUGUUGAAUUUGUUUUGUGGUUGACGCUAACGGACCUGGACACUGGAGAGCUGACUGUAUUUUUUCACCAUGGGACAUACAGUACGUGGCUGCUCGGUUGCUCGCUCUCGUACGAGCUCACAUACGUCACGUGAAACUCUGACCAACCACCAUAUCCCAUAAUACCAACACCCUGUUGUCUUAGCGAUGCUGCAGUUGGGCGACGUCUGAGCUGUGUGUGGCCUUUUUAAGGCUGCAAGGUCACGUCAUCAGGACAACAUGUAUGACUCUUUGUCUACGCCAACUGGAGUAUUCGGACUCUUUGAUGAAAAAAAAAAUGAAACAAUGACAAGGACUUUCUUCCUCCAAAAAUAUUUUUUUUGUCUUCUUUUGUAUACCACUGGCAAAGUGAUGUGGACUCAAACUGAUGUGCCUGUGUGUGUGUGUGUGUUACAUGUCAGUAUACAAGCUACACUCGUGUAACUCCUGUCCGUUUGUUGCCUUUGAACUGAUCCUAUCUUCCUUACAUUCUUGUAUCCUACCUUUUAUGGCAGAAACUCGUUUAUGUUAAUAAAACUUUCCGAAAGUUUCUAGCAGUGACAACCCCAGGCAGUCCCGUCAGACUUUGUGAGGAUUUUAGAUGAAGCUGACAGAAUACCUUGGGAGGUGGGAAUGGGUAUCUGUGCCUAUUUCCUCACGUCACCCAAGUGCCUUUGUGUUUGUGUCACGCGAUUGGGAUCGCAACCUUGGUUGUGUUUAUGAGAAACUGUUGCUGGCAGCAGUGCUUUAAAACCAAACGUUACAGACAUUUUUUAAUCUCUUUUCGAUGUUUUCUCAAUGGGGGGAUUGGAAAAAAUCACCAGCUUUUAGAAUUUAUCUCAUACUUACUUACAGUACUUUGACAUUUAGGAUUAUAACAAAGCAGAGGCCUUUCAGAGUAUGAGACGAGAAUAUCAUUUGCAUAUGCAAUAGUGUUUUUAAAUUCUUGACUGAUUGGUCACUGAGUGAAUUAGCGAGCAAGAAAGAUGGAGUUUAGUGUAUUCGGUGUUGUUGCGGUAAAGAGUAGGGGACUAUGGUGGUGUUUUGGACGCUGAGUUGUGCGUCUGAACUGUGUGAUAAUUCGAUGUGAUUGCUCCACUUGCUAGAUCGAUUAUGCUGAAUCGAUCCAAAGUAUGCGUGUGCGUGCCGGGUGUGCAGUCUGCUUGUUCUCAUCACUUGUACACACACUUCAAACAGGAGGAUUCACGGCAACCCCAAACUCAUGUGGACAGCCUGCUGAAAGUAUUCUCACAUUAGUGUUUCAAUUUGUACUUAAUGUCAGUCUUGUCAGUCAGACGGUCAGUUGUUCCUUCUGAAUAACACACGCUAAGCUCCAUUCCUUAAACACUAGUCUAUCCCUUCUUCAGCCCUUUUCUGGGAUACACACACAUGCACACACACACACGCAGGUCUAAGAGAGAGAUUGAGCUCAUCGGGACACGCUGAGGGGGGGAAAGCACUGCUUUGGAAACUUCCUGGAACGUAAUAUCAUAACCAAAAAACUUCAAAACUUUUAUUACAUCUCUGUUUUUUUUCUUUUCUUUGUCUUUUUCCGCUUUCUCAUGAUUGUUUUUGUUCAGUUUCAAAACCAUCCCCCCCCCGGUCCCACAUGCACGCGGUUCCCUUAUGAGAGAACAUGUCUCCCAGCGGUGCCUGGCUCCUCUCCUUUGAGGUGAGCCCAGUGCCCACUUCAUAGAGCUAGACGCAGAGAAGCCGACAGGUGGGACAAAGGGGUCAGUUGUCCCGGGCCCAGGCAGAGAGGGCCCCCAAAAUUGGGUCCUCAUUCAUUACAUUGUAUGUAUUGGAUCGGGGGGCUCUUUCAAAUGACUUUGUCCCAGGCCCGGCAAAAGCUGUCAGCGGCAGACGCAUAUUUGUCUCUGAGCUCCUCACCUGGAGGAGGAUUUGGCUGGCUGUGUGAUGCCGUGAUACCAGCCCGAACCCGACCCAACCCGAACUGAACUGAAUGACCUGACUGAGCCCUUUCUGAGCUCCACAGCGGGGGCAUGUGGUUUCAGAGGUAGGGGGUUGCUGGCGGGUUUGAGUCGGGUGGCACUUGUAGUGCCUGUGAUACCCACCAGUUGCUAGUCAUAUGGUGCAAGUUAGAACUGUUUUUUUGGGGGGGGGUGCAGAUUAAUUGAUCUGGAUUCAUCCUACCCAGCAUGACCAGACCCUGUCAGAGCUGUGAGAUGCCAUGUGGCUUUGGGAGGGGAGGGGAUGAGCUCAGCGGGUCAGGGUGGCAACUGCAGCGCCCACUAUGGUCACUAUCUAACGGGUGCCAAUAUCCUCCGUGAGCUUUGUGAGAUUCUUCGUGGAUGAAUUGAACUGAACUGAACUGUUGAGAAGAUUCUCUUGUCCUGGUCAGACACAAGUUCCUUAAAUCAUGUUUAAUGCAAUUGUCCCGCUGUCUCUGACUCUCUAAAAAAGACUCAUGGACAAUCCUGUAAAAAUUGACCUGUUAUGUGUUUACAAAGGGCUUAUUAAUGGUUUAUUACAAUAAAGGUGUAAUUAUGAGCAGGCACAUGAGUGUUUGUGACUGUUUUUUUUAACUUGAUAUGAACUGCAAUGAAAAUGUGAUU